UUACAGCUCGAAUUAGAUGGAAAACACCCGGAGAAAAUACUAAACAUUGCUUCAAAUAAACACCUGCCAAAUUCUGCUUCAUCUAGAGGCAUUUUAAUCGAGAACUAACGUCGUAGUGUGUCGACGCCGGUGAGCUAAUUGUCUGUUGUUUUUUGCGACUUCAGUGGGGACUGACGAGCCUACACACACCAUGCUGAAAAUAUCCAUAUUGAAGGUUGAGAGCCCGUCCUGCCUCUGGGGUCGGGUUGUUCGGGGUCACGGCGGUGAUGCAGAGACCACAGACCAGUACGACAGACUGCUGGCUCAGAUGAACCUCUUCUACCACGACGUCACUCAGGACCUGCGCAAGCUGAAGCCCACAUCGUUAGAGGAGGGACAGGUGUGUGUGGUGUACUGGUCAGUGAUGAAGUCGUGGUGUCGGGCUGUGGUGGAGUCGAUCAUUAUGGACUCGGUGUCCUGUCAGGCUCGCUGCCUCCUGGUCGACCACGGAGAACGACUCGUCGUCCCCUCAGACCAGAUCCGAAUCGCUAUGCAGACCUUCCUCCAACUGCCUUUCUGGGUGAGGAGGUUCCACCUGGCGGGAAUCAAACCAACAACCCUGCGAGUGUCUGUCUAUGAGGAGAAGACAGGGCUCAUUCCGUCCACUCAGUGGGACAGCUCUUCUACUCUCUACCUGCACAACCUGCUGCAAGCAUCGACUCGGACCGAGGCCGUGUUGCUUGAAUCCGAGUCGGACUCCACUUCCAUUGAGCUCUACCUGACUGUAGGGAACAUCAAGAUCUGUGUGAACGACGAUCUGGUGGCCAAGAAGUUUGCGUAUUACAGCAGAGAGUCCGCUGACAGCGGCGGGCUGAACGAGGUGGACCAGUAUCCCGUCAUGUUGUCCUCCAGCAUCUUAACCCAAACUGUCUGCACAAGCUCAAACAAGCCAACAGCACAAACAACCCAACCACCUGCUGCUGUUUCUUCAAGCUUUGACUCUGCGGCCGGAGCAGGCGAUUGGCUGACGACUGAUUGGCUGACGGCUCCCUCUCCGCCUCAGAGCCAACAACAUGAGCUGAAGACCUCUGAGGAAGGCAGGAGGUCAAAGGUUGCAGACGAACAACUGUCUCCGGGCAGCCAGUCAAAGGAUGGCUCAGACGUUGCUGCUGCUGCAGAGAGUGACUCGUCGGAGGACACAGACUCGUCUCUGGCUGCAGCUCUGACCAAAAAUCUCAGUCUAUUCAGGUUCUUGAAGUUUCUGAAUCCUGGCAGCAGCUACCAGCAGGCGGCUCCCAGUGUCAGUCAGCAUGAAGAGCUGAAAGACUGUCGACUUGAAGAGACGACUGCAGCAUCCAGUACCUGCACCGGACAGGAAGUGUACGCAGCCAGCACACCUUCAGCAAUUCAAUUAAUCCCUUUAAACAACAAUGAGCCUGUAACACCGCACAAGCAAGCAUUGCUCAGUAUGAGCGGAAUAAGUGGAGCUGAAGGUCUUUGUGAGAGCAGUCAGGUUGAAGAUCUGGCAGAUGAAGAAACAAGCAGUUCGAGUAGAUCAGUGAAGUCGGGACCAGCAGAGAAGACGUGGAGGAAUAAAGAGGACUGGGCCUGUUCACGCCUUUUGGAGUGGUUGAACCCGGAGCCUCUGAACCCCGAUCCAGGCGCUGCAGACGACGCGGCUGUUCCCACUGAUCCCAGGAGGAGUGGGAUUCUGGUGCACUCAGCUCUCCCAGUGGAGCCCUGCACCAGUGUGGAUGACGCCCCCAUCACGGAUAAUCUCCGCUUGGUGUUGCGGAAGAAGCAGUACAGCAUUCUGUCUCCAGCUGACCGUUACAGCUGGCCAGCUGUGGCUCGAGGGUGCAACACCCUCAUCGUCUCCCCCAACGCAGACCAGCCGCUCAGCUACUUCGCCCCGCUCCUCACCCACAUCCUGCUCAACUCCAUCUACACCUCCCCCACCUCCAGCGCAGGGCCCAUAGUGGUGCUGCUGUGUCCAGGCUGGGAGAAGGUCCAGGCGGUGUAUGACCUGCUGGAGGAAAUGAAGGUCACCCCAGUCCUCCACCCGGUCAUCGUGCUGCUGGGCGACAGCAAAGACGAAGCCAAGGCUGUCAGGAUCCCCAAAAACUGCCUGCUGUUAGUGACCACCCCCUUCAGUCUGGUCCGUCUGCUGUCCUGCCAUUGCUUCCUGUUCCUGCGUCUGUACCACCUCGUGCUGGACGAGGCCGACCAGCUCUUUACUCUGGCUCCAGAUCAGAUGGCGACCAUUUUGCAGCAUUUCCAGAAGGUGACCUCCAGCGAGCAGAAGGCUUCCUGUCCUCAGCAGCUCGUCGCCGUGACGAAAAGAUGGACCAGUCACAUGGAGGGUUUGUUAGCCAAUCACAUGCCAUACCCCUGCGUUGUCAUGACUGUCCCGGAGGAAGCUGCUCUCUAUGGUAACGUUCAGCAGAUCAUCCUCAUGACUCUAGAGAGCAGUAAGAUGUCGGUACUGUUGGGUCCGUUGGAUUUCACCCCCAAAGUCGGCCAGAAGACUCUGAUCGUAGCCAACUCUGCUCAGGAGGUUGAAGACGUGUUCAAGGCUGUGAGCAACAAAUCAGCAUUCUGCUUCAAGACCCACGAGGGGUUAACACACCAGUUUGACUUCGUCAUCCAGCAGUGGAGGAAAGACAUCGGCCCCGGCACUCACGUUAUUCUGGUGAUCACCUCCGAGUGUCUGAAGUGUCUGGGAAUCAGAGAUGCGACUUGUGUCGUCCACUAUGGCUUCCCCACUUCCCCCAAAGUAUUCGGCGGCCGACUCUUCUGUAUGGCCGACAACUUCAGGAACCUUUCUGAACGAGCUUCCUCCCAGGAUCCGACAGAGAGCCACCCUCAUCCCACCAGGUCGGUGCUGCUGAUCUCUGAGAGGAACGCCUGUCAUGUGGUCGGGAUAUUGCGUUACCUGGGGCGAACCAACGCCACGCUGCCCCUGGAGCUGCUGUCCUUCGCCCAGGGCGUCCAUGUGGCCCGGGAGGACCAGAAGACCAACAAGCCUCUCUGCAGCUACCUUAAGAGCUUUGGAGUCUGCAGAGACAGCAUUGUGUGUCCCGACCGUCACAGAUUAAUUUCCCAUCUGGAUCAGUCGGUGCUUCCUGCCUCAGGAGUCAUAGAGGUUGUGCCUCUCUACAUUAAGACGGCAUCAGUGUUCUACGGUCGUAUUGUCCAGAAGGACGGAGGCUUCCAGAGCAUGGCGUCUGAGAUGACUUCUUACUAUGCCGACAAGAAACCUGGAGCCGAGGAGAUGCUGGAGGGAGGCUUAUACGCCGUGCAGGAGGACGAGGUCUUCCACAGGGUGAAGAUGCUGUCUGUCCCAGACAGAGGUGAACGGCUGUUUUUCAGCGUCAUGGUUCGGUUCAUUGAUGUGGGUAAGGAGGAGGAGGUCAAAUCCCAUCAGGUCCUCCAGCUCCCGGAGCAGUUUCACUCUCUGCCCGGCCAGGCCGUGGAGAUCAUCGUCUGCCGGGUCAAACCAGUCGACGCCGAGACCGACUGGCACCCCAAGGUCACCAGAGUGAUCAACAAGAAGAUCCGAGGCCUGCAGCACCGAGCCAGAGUGGUUCUCAGUCUGGGAAAUACUGUUUUUGUUGAUCCCAUGGUCCGUGUGACCCAGGUGCCAGGUAUGAAAACGGUGAUCAAUGAAUACAGCGUGCAGUCAGAGAUCCUGAACACUGAGUGGGGAGUCAGCAACCCGGAGCACCUGGACCUGCUGAGGGCGCUCUGCCAGGAGAGCAAGGCCAGCAGCAACAAGGCGGCGGGUCACAUCUCUGGGUCGGGGGAUGCUCCAGCGUCUCUGGAGGUCAGGAUCAACGCUGAAGUGGAAGUUCUGGCUGAAGCCUUCAGAGCAGCCGAGGUCAGUCAGCUCGCUGACCUUCCUCACCUCGAGCCAUGUGAGCCUCCUAGUCCAGUGUCUUCAAUGAUCCAGUCCCUGGUCCCAGCACCACCAGCAGCUGAACUCCACCUGGUCCCAGCACCACCAGCAGCUGAACUCCACCUGGUUCCAGCACCACCAGCAGCUGAACUCAACCUUGUUCCAGCACCACCAGCAGCUGAACGCCACCUGGUCCCAGCACCACCAGCAGCUGAACUCCACCUGGUCCCAGCACCACCAGCAGCUGAACGCCACCUGGUCCCAGCACCACCAGCAGCUGAACUCCACCUGGUUACAGUGUGUGAUCAGAAACCCCUGUUGGCCAGCCAGGCUGCUGUUGGACAGAGAAACACCCACACUGCUGAUCUGAAGUCAGCUGAGCAGAUGAUGAGGAUCGUUGAAGGAGGAGAACUUUGCCCCACAACCAACCAGGCUGCUCGUCUCAACCCCGGGGAAAAUGGUGUUUCUGCAGGAGACGAUCAGAGCAGCAGCCAGCAGCUCAUCAGCACUAAUGAGAUGGACUGUGACGAGUCCACAAAAAGUUUCCACCCUCCGGCCCGUUGGUACCAGACAUCCGACUCUGUGAUUGUGACGGUGAAGCUGACGAACCCUGAGAGCCAGCGCUGUGAUUUCUACCCUGACAGAGUCGUUUACAGUGGCAAAGCGAACGGUCGGACCUACAGAGCCGACCUGCAUCUUCACGCCAACAUCGCUGCUGACAGCUGCUGCUGGGAAAUGAAGUGCAAUGAGCCGGUCCUCAAACUGGUCAAACAACAGCAGGGAUACUGGGAAAGACUCGUCAGGAACAAGGAUAUUUUUGUGAGUUAUGACAUGGAGCACUUUGAAGAGGAUGAAGACAGAACCCCAAAUGGUCUGUGUUUUGUAGCGAACACGGGAAAGGACGACUGGUAUGUGAACUCAGAGAGCGGCAGUGAGAGCGACUGAAGAUUAAAGACUAAGAAACAAAAACACACCUCAUCUUUUCACUUAUGUCAUGUAGUAUUAUCUCAGGGCCACAAGAAUAUUAUCAUCCUGCUGUGACCUUUGACCUCCUUAUUGUUAAAUGGAUCUGAGAAUAGAACCUUCUGCAGUGACUUUAUGAACAAUCAGGACAUAGAAGUAGAAUAGGAGUAGAACGGACUUUCCCAAGAUAAAUCAGUGUAGCAGGACGUUUAGAGCGGCGGAUAUUUUUAUGUGUACCGUUUCCAUUGCGACCGUUGUAGCGGGCUAAUUUCCGUAUAAGCUAAACCAACUUACAUAGUAAUGCUAAAGAGUAAAGAAGCAAAGAGAUGAAACUCUGGUGCCUUUUGGACAAAAGCCGUUAGAUAGCGUGCCGCCAUUUUUGGAGGCACGUCUGUAAAUCAGAGGAUCAUUUCUUUUAGGUAAUUCAACUUCCCAGU